AUGGACAGAAGUUCCACUCUCCUCUUUUUUCUUAUAAUUUUCAUUCUACUAUUACUACAUGCCAAUGCUAAUAAUAUUAGCACUGAUGAAGCUGCUCUUCUUGAACUUAAAUCACACAUUUCUAACAAUAUCAUAGCAACAAACUGGUCUGCUUCCGUCCCGGUUUGCAGCUGGAUUGGAAUCACUUGCAGCUCCCGUCACCAUCGAGUCACUGCUUUAAACAUUUCUAGCAUACAACUUUAUGGUACCAUUCCUCCGCACAUUGGAAACUUCUCAUUUAUUUCUUCCCUUGACAUCAGUAACAACACUUUUCAUGGAGAUUUGCCACAAGAAUUGGCUCGUUUGCAGAGGUUGAAAUCAAUUAAUGUCACAAGCAAUAACUUCACCGGAGCCAUUACAUCAUUUUUAAGUUUGUUACCAAACCUACGCUUUGUGCAACUAUCAAGCAACCAAUUUUCUUGGAAAAUUCCAUCCUCCCUUUCCAAUUUAACAAAGCUGCAAAUGUUAUUCUUGGAGAGAAAUUUUCUUGAAGGAGAGAUCCCUCGAGAAAUCGGUGAUCUUCGUUACUUGACUAUCCUAGACCUGCAAAUUAAUCAACUUAGUGUCUCUAUACCACCAUCCAUUUUUAACAUUACUACAAUGCAUGUGAUUGCUCUUACGGAAAACAAUCUUACUGGAAAUCUUCCUAUAACUAUAUGUGAUCAUCUUCCAGACUUGAAAGGAAUUUACCUCAGUAAAAACUCCCUAGAUGGAUUUAUUCCACCAAACCUGGAGAAAUGCAGAAAGCUUCAAAAAUUGGAAUUGGGUGACAAUGUGCUUAUUGGAACUUUACCAAGAGAGCUAGAUAACUUAACAGCUCUUACAUAUUUAUAUAUUUCAGAUCUGCAUUUGGAAGGUUAG